CCCGAGUGGAAGGAGGAGGAGGAGGAGGAGGAGGAUUUUAGGAGCAGUUCACUCCACUCAGAGCGCAAGAACGCACAGAACCAGCAAGUGGAUCCAAACAAUCCUGCAGCGGACUAUCUGACAGUUUCACUUCUGUGAUUUCAUUUAUUUAAAAAAAAAAAAAAAAAAAGCUACUUACAGUUUCCUUUUUCUAAAGGAAUCAACUCCUCUUAAGGAUAUGUUGGUGGAACGAUUCAGGAGCGUUUUUAUUCUCCUCUCCUGCAUGUUGCUGGAACCCGUGUUUUCAGGGCAGAAUCAGAUGUGUGACAUGAUGACGGAAAUAGACAAGGAGAGGAGCUUAUGUGAGGCUCAGAUUGAAAACAAAACAUCAGGUUGCAGUGCGACAUGGGACAAGAUCACCUGCUGGCCCAAUGCCGAUGUUGGUGAUGUGGUCACCGUCCCUUGCCCCAAAUAUCUCUUUGACUUCUCCAGGGAUGCUUCUACACGUAACCUGUCAAAGACCUGCACUGAGGAUGGCUGGACUUCAAUCAGCAUAGACUCCUACAUAAUAGACUGUGGAUACAAUCCCAACAACACCAUAGAUGAAAAUACGGGAGAAUUCUUUGAUGCUAUUAAAGUGGGUUACACCAUUGGUCACAGCGUGUCGCUCAUUUCUCUGACAAUAGCCAUCAUGAUACUGUGUCUCUUUCGGAAGCUGCACUGCACGAGAAACUACAUCCACAUGCAUCUGUUUGUGUCUUUCAUACUCAAAGCCGUGGCAGUUUUCAUCAAGGACGUGGUUCUGUAUGAUGUCGGGGAGAUGGACAAUUGCCAGUCUUCUGUGGGCUGCAAGGCAGUGGUCGUCUUUUUCCAGUAUGGCAUCAUGGCAAGUCACUUCUGGCUGCUGGUGGAGGGCCUCUAUCUCCACACUCUGUUAGCUGUUUCCUUCUUCUCUGAGAGGAAGUACUUCUGGUGGUACAUCCUGAUUGGUUGGGGGGCUCCAACCGUCUUUAUCUCAGUGUGGGUGAUUACAAAGGCGUAUUUAAAUGAUCCUGGAUGCUGGGAGACAAUCGAUGACAUUCCAUGGUGGAUCAUCAAAACACCUAUUUUAGUCACCAUACUGGUGAACUUCUUCCUCUUUAUCUGUAUAAUCCGGAUCUUGCGACAGAAGAUGAAUUGCCCCGACAUCGGAAGGAAGGAAUCAAAUCAGUACUCGAGGCUGGCCAAAUCCACUCUGCUGUUGAUACCUCUGUUUGGCAUAAACUACAUCAUUUUUGCCUUUAUCCCAGACCACAUCCACCCAAAUGUGAGGAUGGUGUUCGAUCUUAUUCUGGGGUCAUUUCAGGGUUUUGUUGUUGCGGUUUUGUACUGCUUUCUGAAUGGAGAGGUGCAGGCGGAGAUUAAGCGUAAGUGGCGCAGAUGGAUGCUGCAGAGGUUCCUGGGUGCUGACACAAAGUAUCAGCAGCCCUCCAUAGGCAGCAAUGGCAACAACUUCAGCACCCAGAUCACCAUGUUGACAAAAUGCAGCCCUACAACACACCGGGCAUCUGAGUGUCAGGAGCACCUCUCUGCCAUCUGAAAGCCAUCUAAAGUGAACUUCCCUCUUUGUUUUUAUCAUUACAUACUGAAUACGUGGCUCACAUGCACUGUUCCAAUGCAGAUGAUAUUGGUUGCCGAACGUCAAAAUGACAUUUUAGUACUUGAGCUAAUAUUUGUUCAUUGUCACCUUUUCCAUCGCCUGACAAAAAUGACGAGUGAUUUUUUUCCUUGCCAGAGAGGAAAGACGACUUAAAUCACAUUCGAACGCAGCACCUGUUCAGUAAACAGGUUACAUAAUAUUCUUAAAUUUUUUUCGAAUUUCGAAUUUUGAAUCACAGCAAAGACCAUUUUCAGACUGUUCUAGUGUAGCUGUGAUCAGUGAGGAACUUUCACUGUAUUGGCAGUCGACUGAUCUAAUAUUUACAUAAGGCUGGUGUCACACAUAUAUAGGCAAAUACACCUUAGUUCCUACUACCAUGUAGUAAAGCCUUGUGGAGCUCACAUGAUGACUCACCCUGAACAGGCUACUGACAACAUUAACAUUAAGUCUUUUAUAAGACUGCAGGGUGGAGAAAGAUCUAUGACUCCAGUGUUUUCCAUCUGAUGUUGUGCAAUAGAUGGAUAAAGCUUGAGACGAGUCAUGUCCUAUAAGAAGAAAGUUUAUUAAGAGGGUGUGUUACACAAGGGAACUACAUGCACUUAACCUAAUAGCCCAUGUAGCUUUGGGGACCAAUAGUGACAACAUUAAUGACAUUGUCAGGCUGACGUGAACAGUAGUCACUGAGGAGGGAUUUAUGGCAUAGCCAGCAUUCUGGGCCUUCCUAUCCUGUCUUUGACAGUUUUAUACGGGCAUACACUGCUGAAUUACUGCCGGAUAACAUUCCAGAGGAAACACUAAAGCUCCUGCUUGUGAAAUUUUUCUGACAUUACAGAGGCUUUUAGUUUUAUUUCAUAACUCAGCAGACGCUCAUUUUUACUCUUCCUGCAACUAAUGGACCAGAUGUAUUCAAUUAUUUGUCCACAGCACACAACAUUGUGAAUGAAUAUGUGGCAACAGUUAUUCACUUACAUUAACUGGAUUACAUGGACGGUUCAUUUCACUGUAUUGAUUGUUCAUUUUCUAUUCUAUCCUAUAUUUAGAGAUUAUAUAAACAUGUUAUUGUAGCACACUGUUUAUAGUAGUCCAGACUAAAAUAUCUCAACAGUUAUUAGAUAGAUUACCAUGAAAUUUGGUUCAUUCAUGGUCCUCAGAGGAGGACUCUUAAUGACUUUGAUGAUCCCCUUACUUUUCCUCUGGAACCACAAUGAAGUUGAUAGGUUGCAGAGAUGUUCAUCAUUAUCAGGAAGGGAUUUCCCAAAUACUUUGAUUUAUAGCUAAACAGCAGCAAAUCACAUUCCCAUGAGCCUCAGCUGAACUCUGUGUGCUGAUUAGCACUAAAAUGCGAACAUGCUACUCUAAGAUGAUUUUAGAACAUGUUCUGAAAAACAUGUUAGCAUUCUCAUUGUGCUAGCUCGGCUGUAGAUUCUUAAUCUUGUUUGAUAGGAUUUAUCAAAAUAAAUAUCUAAAUAGCACCAUGCAUGGUGGCUGUUACUCUCUGUUGUCUCUCUGUUUAAUAAUGUUUUCAGACAUUUAUUUGAAGCCAUCUCUUGCUUAAAAGUACUUUUUCACACAUUACAUAUUAAUAUGUACAGGCAGUGACAGCGUCACAUUUCACGUGGAUGUCCUGUUAGAGUUGUAUGUAUACUUUAGUUCUCUUUCCCGUUGUAUGUAAAACCAAAACUAACUCAGAGUACCUCAGACUAAUUGUCACGCACAUCUGUUGUAUAUGAUGUGAAACUGUAAAUACACUUAAAGAAGUGGUUUAUGCUGUGGUUUGUGUUUAUGACUUAUAGUGCUCAGGUGUCAACUGGAAAUCGAUGUUUACAUUUAAAACUGUGCGUUCCUCACAUGCUAUUUGAAUAAUGUCAGUGAAGUGUUUCUUAUUUGUUGCCAUGUAUAGUCUGUGUAAAUAUGGUGUGCUGUACAGUAUGUGGAAUCAGCUGUAAAGAUGUUAUUGAACAAAAUGUCAGAUGAAGAUGAAUAAAACCAUUUGCACUGUG